GCCCAAUAAUAGCCCACACAACCCUAGGCUGCGCUAGUGUCGUCGGUCCCCAUCCCAUUCGGCCACCGAUCCCAAUCUCAAUCUGACGCCGCCGCCGGCAUCCCUGACUCACCGACGCGGCUGCACCAGGCGCCGCCGCCGCCGCCUCCGCCUUGAUCGUAAGGAAGUAAGUUUGGAGCACCAUGGCUCUGCGAUCGGCGGCCGGUAGGCUGGCGUCGUCCAGCCGCCGCCGCCUCCUCUCUCCGCCCACCAGCAUCCACACGGCCUUCCUCCACUCCCACGCCACCAGCUUCGGAUACAAGCAAGUAGCUGAAGAGGACAAAAGCAAAUUGGUCGGUAACGUCUUCAGCAGCGUCGCCUCCAGUUACGAUCUCAUGAACGAUCUUAUGAGCGUUGGACUACAUAGGUUGUGGAAGGACAGGCUCAUCUCAAAGCUUAAUCCUUUUCCUGGGAUGAAGCAUCUAGAUGUGGCUGGUGGAACAGGGGAUGUUGCCUUCCGUGCGCUCGAGAGAAUCAAUAGCGUGAGCCAUAGAGCUAUGCAGGGUACUCUUACUGAUAUUGAAGAAGAAACACAAAUCUAUGUUUGUGACAUUAAUCCAAAUAUGCUGAAUGUUGGAAAGAAACGUGCUUCAGAAAGAGGAUACAAAGAAGGCCAUUGCCUUAGCUGGAUACAAGGAGAUGCUGAAGCUCUGAGUUUUGAGGAUGGAUCUAUGGAUGGCUAUACUAUUGCGUUUGGGAUCAGAAAUGUGACACACAUUGAAAAAGCUCUAUCAGAAGCUUAUAGAGUCCUAAAGCGAGGGGGAAGGUUCCUAUGCUUGGAAUUGAGUCAUGUGGAUGUUCCGCUUUUUAAAGAGAUUUAUGAUGUUUAUUCAUUUUCUGUGAUUCCGGCUGUGGGAGAACUAGUGGCCGGUGAUCGCCAGUCAUACCAAUACUUGGUUGAGAGUAUCCGCCGGUUUCCAAAUCAGGAAAAGUUUGCUCAGAUGAUCCAAGAAGCCGGAUUUGAGAGGGUAGAAUACGAAAAUCUGGUGGGUGGUGUGGUUGCCAUUCACUCUGGACUGAAACUGUAGAACAUUCUGGGUUUCAAGUUUGAUGGAUACUUUACUGUUACUCCUACGGCAACGGCAAGGUCUUGUGAAGCGGGCGUUAAGAAUCAGGACCUAACGAACAAACUAACUCAAUCUUGUACCAGUAGUUAGCAUUGCAAUAAAUACAUGCAGUGUUUCUGUACAUGUUUCUUGUAUUUAUUUUUUUUAGAUGAAAGGCUUUUGACAGCCCAGCUUUACUGAAAAGCAUAAAAUGUUGUUUUGACAACCAAAACAAACAACUAAAAGGGAGUCACACUAGAUUGACAGAAAAGUUACAGCCUA